CAAUAAAUAAUGAAUAGUUUCUUUACGAUAACAAGUGUAAAAACGUUGUGUAGCUAUUCUCGAUUUGCAAUAAAACAUUGAACUAAAAAGAACUCAAAGGUUAUAUGUAUCAUUCGACUCCGGCAAACGAGAAAAAUAGCAGAAGCAAAUGAUAAUAGGACCUCUAUUCAUAUCAGGCAAGAAUUUGAAUUUUUGAAAUGAGUGCAGAAGAAAGAUUUGUCACCGAAGUGCCUAGUAGUUUGAAGCAAUUGGCACGGCUCGUUGUUCGCGGUUUUUAUACCAUUGAAGAUGCCUUGAUUGUUGAUAUGCUGGUUAGAAAUCCAUGUAUGAAAGAAGAUGACAUCUGUGAACUACUCAAGUUUGAGAGGAAAAUGUUACGAGCAAGGAUAUCCACAUUAAGAAAUGAUAAGUUUAUUCAAGUCAGACUGAAAAUGGAGACUGGAUCUGAUGGGAAGGCGCAAAAAGUCAACUACUACUUCAUCAAUUACAAGACUUUUGUUAAUGUAGUUAAGUACAAAUUGGACUUGAUGCGAAAGCGGAUGGAAACUGAAGAACGAGAUGCGACAAGCAGAGCAAGCUUCAAAUGCACAAAUUGUCUCAAAACUUUCACGGAUCUCGAGGCAGAUCAACUCUUUGAUAUGACAACAGACGAGUUUCGAUGUACGUACUGUCGCGAGAUCGUCGAAGAGGAUCAGUCGGCCCUUCCCAAAAAAGAUUCCAGGCUACUGCUAGCGAAAUUCAAUGAGCAACUGGAACCGCUGUACAUUCUCCUCCGAGAGGUAGAAGGAAUCAAAUUAGCACCUGAAAUACUAGAGCCCGAACCUGUGGACAUCAACACCAUACGAGGCAUAGACACGAGAAAACAAAUCGGACUUCGCGCACCUGGGGAACAAUGGUCAGGAGAGGCUACCAGAUCUUCUGGUUUUGCGGUGGAAGAUACCAGAGUGGAUGUUACCAUUGGGGACGAAUCAGCUCUUGAUAAUGCUGCAAAUCGAAGGAAAGAAAGACCAAUUUGGAUGAUGGAGAGCACUGUUAUCAAUGCAGAUGGAUCUCAGACCGAUGGAGCUGGUGGCCAAGAUAGUGUUCUCGAUAAAGCAGCAGCAAAUGCAACAAAUACCACAAACGUUACGAAUAAGCAGGGUGAAGACAUAAUGUCCGUAUUGUUAGCCCAUGAAAAGAAGGGCGGAACGAAUGCGGUGAAUGCCAUUAAGACUGUUAUACCUCAGGAAUCAAGUGACAGUAGUGAUAAUGAGGAUGUUACAGAAAUACAAACGACUGAUAUAGGUGAUGUAGAAACAAUGGAUUCCGAGGACGAUGAUUUAGUACCGACGGUAAGUGUUGGUGGAAAAACCGUCGCCAUUACAGACAUCAAUGACACUUUAAUAGCUGAUAUGACACCGGCGGAAAAAGAAGCUUACAUUCAAACGUAUCAGGAAUAUUAUUCACACAUGUAUGAUUAGUCCAAUAUUAUAGUUUGUGAAAACUAUAUUUUGAAAUGAGAUUAAAUGCGAAUUGUGUGACUGAAUAAAUUGCGAUAAUUAUUUUGUAUAAGUAUGACAAAUAAAUAAACCGUUCCCAUUUCCGUGAUACCAGA